GUGCGCCCCGCCAACUACCGGGAAUUAUGACGAGGAAGCUCAUCCGAAGUGAUGGAAUGAACUGUUAUUCCUUAUUAUAAAGUUGGCGUUGGGUUGUCUGAAUAUUUUUAACAAAGCGAGAGUGGAUGGGGGGGAAGCAAUACUUCACUUUCUAGGACGAAAGAAAGAAAAGAGGGAAUUUAAUUAAAAAAAACCCAACUGCUUGGCGCUUUACAUGAAGAAGUAAGUGAAAGAAGGAGUGCCUGUUACCCUUUGAGGAAAAGGAAAGAGGGAGCGGAUAGGGGAAGGAAAGCCUGUCAGCUCGGAAACAGGGAAGCGAGGUGGGCAAGUGGAGGCGGCCGAGCCCGGGGGGGUGCUGGGGUGCUGGGGGGACAGCUGCAGUCCGAAACGGCCUGUGACAUGGCGGCGGCGGCGGGAACAGGAGGGGUCAGCACCCUGCCCACUCUCCCUGAUGCCGGCAGCAGCCCCUUCCCUCCCGGAUCAUUCAAGGAGCCCAAAAGACUCUACUGUAAAAACGGGGGCUACUUCCUGAGGAUCUUACCGGAUGGCAGGGUGGACGGAACCCGGGAGAAGAACGACGGCAACAUUAAACUACAAUUGCAGGCAGAGGCUAUUGGAGUGAUAUCAAUCAAGGGAAUCUGUGCUAACCGUUAUCUUGCUAUGAAUGAAGAUGGCAAGUUGUAUGGAUCGAAAUUGCCAACAGAUGAAUGUUUCUUCCAUGAAAGGUUGGAGCCAAAUAACUACAAUACAUAUCGUUCAAAGAAAUACGAAAGUUGGUAUGUUGCUCUCAAAAGAACUGGACAGUACAAACCCGGACCAAAAACUGCACCAGGACAGAAAGCAAUUCUGUUUCUGCCAAUGUCUGCGAAGUGCUCAUAGUCAUCUGCUUCCAGCCUUUCCUGUUUUAUUUAAAAAGAAGUGAUUUCAUAAACACAAAAUUCACAUAACUGUUUUAUU